CCGGAACUGUUGGCGCAGCUGCAGUGUCCCCUCUCCCUCGAGAUCAUGACCGACCCGGUGAUGAACGCCUCUGGGCAAACCUAUGAGCGCUCAGCCAUCGAGAAGUGGUACUCCAUGGGCAAGCGGACCGACCCGAUGACCGGCGUGGUCCUCGAACACACGAAUUUGGUGCCAAACGUGGCGCUACGAAGCAUG